AUGACGAGGACUCGUGCCAACAAUGUGAGUUCUAACAAUGAGAACACGGAGACCUUGGGGGAAUUCUUCAAGACACUCGGGGCUAUGACUCAAAUGAUGAAGGAUUAUAUGACGCCUUCGGCUGCCUCUGCCCCAGGCCAAGAUGACAGUGGUUUGAUUGAGAGGUUUAGGAGACUUGGCCCUUCUGCAUUCUCGAGACACGGAGGAGUGGAAAAAGCUAAACAAUGGAGGAGGCAAGUAGAGAAGAUAUUUGAAGUGUUGCAUUGUUCUGACGAACAGAAGGUGAGACUUGAGACUUUUAUGUUAGAAGAGGAUGCCAAGCACUGGUGGAGUUCGGUGAGGCGAUCCUGGGAAGAGACAGAGACUGAGGCAACUUGGGAGAGUUUUCUAGUAGCAUUUAAUCAGAAAUACUUCCCUGACUCAGUCCGAGAGAGAAAAGAAGUGGAAUUUAUUCAGCUGCAACAAGGGAAACUGUCAGUGGAACAAUAUGCAGCAAAAUUCGCAGAGCUCUCCUGUUAUGCGCCGCACGUCAUCAAUAUAGAGGCGCGUAAGGCAAGCAAGUUUGAAAGGGGCCUUCGGUCAGAUAUAGGAGGAAGAGUAAUAUCAGCUAAUCUCAAGAUGUUCUCCCCAUUAGUGGGCGUUGAUAUGAAGUUUGAGAGGGAUUGUGAAGAGUUUUGUUUAAGGAAGGAAGGAAAAGUAAGAUCUGCACCGUUUGGGAGUUUUGGGAGGAGGAUUAGGCCACCUCCUAGGAGAGACUUUAGGGGUUAG